AUGAACUCGCGAAUCGGAACUCCAAAGCACCGCUUUGGGCCAGCUGUCGGAGCAGCUUCGUCGCCUGCAAAAGCGUCUACGCCACGCGCGGCCACACGAUCGGCAGGAUCAAGAAUAGCUUCAUCCCUGCUGAUGAAACGUACGCGUCUAAACACAUCGAGCGUAGAAUCGCUACCGUCUUCCCCGGUAUCGACGCCUAAAACCGCUCCAACGCGGCCAACCAGUAUGAGCAAUGGCAUGGACGCAAAAUCGAAAUCAUCAACAGCGCUUAACAUAAACAGUUGCUUCACCCCUUCGACACAGUAUAAAGCCCCAGUGGCAUCUUCAAAAAGUGCAUCAAAAGAUUUCUCAACACCCGGAAACAAUCUCAAGCGCGCGGUUGCACGCGAGAAUCUGCUAAGCGGCCGUACUCCGGACUGUUAUUCCCGUAUCUCACUAGAUAGCCCCCAACCGAUGGGUGGACGGCACCGCCACAGCCGAUCGAAACUGGACGACUCACACCGCAGCGUGAAGGAGAAGGACAAAGAAGGAACCGGUGGUGAAGUUAGCAAUCUGAAAGUUGCCGUCCGCAUCCGCCCACUUUCGGCAAAGGAAUGCAUCGAUUCGGUGGCGAAUGUCGUCCGUGUCGAAAACAACGAGCUGUACAUCAACGGUGGCAACACUGCCGAUAAUCUUGCCGGCGUAGAGCACUUUUUCCUGUACGAUCACGUAUUUUGGUCGUGUAAUGCCGAAGAACCUGCGUAUGUGAACCAAGCGGGUGUGUACCGUAACCUGGUGCAUCCGCUUCUCGACAAGGCGUUUGAAGGAUACAACACGUGCCUGUUCGCAUACGGACAGACCGGAUCCGGCAAAAGCUACAGCAUGAUGGGAAUGGACCUCGACGACAACUAUGAUGAAGCCCCCAACCCGGACGCGGGCAUUAUUCCCCGUUUCUGUCACGAACUGUUCGAGCGCAUCAACGCGCUUAAGGGCCAGGUGCAUGCGGAAGUAGAAGUCAGUUAUUUUGAAAUUUACAACGAAAAAAUACACGAUCUACUCUCCGUUUCACCGACGGAUGGUGUGUGUACUGUUUCCACUCCCGGCCAAGGGGCGAAGAGAGCUGCGCUGAAGGUACGCGAACAUCCCGUCUGGGGACCGUACGUGGUCGAUCUUAGCACCCAUCCGGUUGAUUCGCAUACAGCACUGCGGAACUGGCUUGCUGUUGGUAACAGCCAGCGAGCGACGGCGGCCACCGGCAUGAACGACAAGAGUUCCCGCUCGCAUUCCAUAUUUUCGGUCGUACUUAACCUGGCCGAAAUCGUGCACAGCAGCGAUACGGACGAUUCGGAUCGACCUGACCGGAAAUCGAUAAAGCAAACGAAACGCAGCAAGAUCAGCCUCGUCGAUUUGGCCGGUUCCGAACGAGUCAGCCAGACGUGUGCUAGCGGAGCGCGGUUGAAGGAGGGCGUUAGUAUCAACAAAAGUCUGCUGACGCUUGGGAAGGUGAUUUCGGCGUUGGCCGACCCCAAGAAAAGCACGUGCACCUAUAUUCCGUACCGCGAUUCCGUGCUCACCUGGUUGCUGAGGGAAAACCUCGGCGGUAAUUCCCGCACGGUAAUGCUGGCCACCAUCUCACCCGCAAGCAUCCACCUGGACGAGACCCUGGCCACACUCCGGUACGCCUGCCAGGCCCGUAGCAUCGUAAACCGCGUCAAAGUAAAUGAAGACCCGCACGAUCGCAUCAUCCGCCAGCUGCGAGCUGAAGUCGAACGAUUGCAGGUCCUGCGGCAGGACUACGAGCGACAAAAGCGCCUAUCCGAGGCGAACCAGCACCAACCACGCAAAAUCAUCAUCGAAACGUCGGUCGACGAUAGUGAGGUGGAAGCGCUCCGUCAGCAACUAGCCGAAACGGAACAGGAACUAACCAAAGCCCAACGAUCGUGGCGCGAUCGGCUUCAGGAAGCUGAGGAUGUCCGGCGCACGGAGAUGAAGCUGUUGAAACGCAAAGGACUUGCACUGGAGCUGUCCGCUGAGCAGAAGGAACCGUGUUUGGUGAACCUGGCUGCUGAUCCGAUGCUUUCCGGGACGUUGCUGUACAUUAUUCCACCCGGGAUGGUUCGGAUUGGCAGGCCGUCCUCAAUGUCGUCACCGGAUAUCGUGCUCGAAGGACCACUUGUGGCGCCCAAUCACUGUUGUAUCGAAAACACGAAAGGGAAGCUGUUUCUGCUGCCAGAAACAAGCGUCGAGUAUGAAACGUUCGUCAACGGUGAGCUUAUCCUGGAGCGCCGUCAGCUGUUCCACGGCGAUCGGUUGGUGAUCGGCGGAUCGCACUAUUUCCGCAUCUCGAAUCCGCUGUGUCCGAACAAAUCCACGCAGGUUAUGGUUGACUUCCAGUUAGCACACCAGGAGAUCUUGCACGAGCAAGAAAGCCGUUUGCGGCGCGAGCUGGACGCCGAGAAACAGGCCGCAAUUGCCCAGAUCGAAGCCGAACGGAUGGCCCACGAGCAGGAGUACGAGGAACGGUUGGCGUCACUCGAGUUGGAAAAAUUCAAAUACAAAUGCCACAAGGAGCUGCUCGAGGUGGAACAGAAGGCACUGCUGCAGUCGACGACGGGCAAAAAGGACAACCAGAACGGUGGUGAGCCUGACCGCCGGUCCGGGUGUCGUGAUUCGUUAGACUGCGUGUCCUUGUCUGUGGAGUCGAAUCUGGCCGAAGAGAUACGGCGCAUUAUGGAGCACACGAGCGAGGAAAGUCUCGCCCAGAUCCAGAUGAUGGUGAAGGAAGCUAGUCAGCGGUGCCGAACCGUGGGUUUGGAUUACGAGUUCAAGCAAACACAGGUGUGGCAGGAAGAGGGCAUCUUCCGGGCGAUGGUUAACAUCGUGGAUCGGGCGAAUGAGCGCGUCGCCCAGUGGACACCAGCACGGUUAGAGUACUGGCUGGGGGUGGUUCGAGAGCGGGAUGGCGAUCUGACGGCGGCCAACAUGUUCGAACACUUCGAUCUCGUGUGGAACGAUCCGUCUGACCGGUCGGCGAAUGAGUCGCUUCUGCAGGACUCCCAAAGUUCUAGCCGGAUCUCGCUGAAUCUCGGCGCGGUGAAGGAUGCCAUCCGGGGGCGGCACAGCAUCACUUCCGAUGCAAGUUCGCCCGGCAAUGGCUCCGACGGUGGCACGGGUGGACGUAAAUCGCAAGGUCUCUUUAAAUCCAUCUUCACGAAGCGAACGCCGGUGGUGGUAAACCGCAGCCAGAGUGCUCCUGUCCAGCACUCGGGAAGCGCGAGAAAAGCCCUCUUCGUCGAUCUGGAUGCGAACGAUGAAAACGUGCCCAACAACCACCAGCAGCGUCCUGGGAGCGAAUCAAAGGGUACGUCGGGUUUGCCCCGUUUUGAUCAGAGAGCAUCCGGUGUGUUGCGAGAUCUGCACAUGGCCACACUUAAGCUGCGCAAGUUGUGUGAAAAGCACCACGAGUUUGACGCACCUUUGGUUGAUGAACAAACCGUCGAUGGUAAGGAGGAAAAACGGACCGAUCGGAACGGAACGGUGGCUGAGCGAUGCCUGGAAUCGAUCGCCGAUAUUGAACGAUCCCUGCAAACCAUCCACUCGGUUCUGAUGGACCACAACAUUAAGGAAGCUUCACUUAACGCCAUGGAGGGCGAUUACGGCCGUACACCAAAGGCGGUACGGUUCCUGCUGGAUUAG